AUGGAUAAGUUUUUAAAACGAAGUCAACCUGGUCCUUCAACCAGUAGUUCUCAACCUAAAGUUUUCAAAAUUAGUGAGAGUGAAUUGAACACUGUUGGUGGUCCUUCAACCAGUUCUUAUGGGUCUAAAACUAUUCAAAGUGAUAUGAAAACUGUUGGCAGUAGUUCUGAAGGUACGGACACGCCUACUGAACGUGAUGUAGCCCCGACUAGUAGGCCUACUCAGUCAUCCAAAAGUACAGCUAAGGUAAUUAAAAAAGAGAUCAGACGAAAGUACGACCCUAGUUAUUUAGCUUUUGGGUUUACUUACACUGGGGAUUUAAAUGAGCCUACUCCACAGUGUGUUAUUUGUAUGGAAACAUUAUCCAAACAUAGUAUGAAACCGUCCCUUCUCAUGAGGCAUUUCAAUACAAAACACCAUAAUUUAAAAGGGAAACCUGUGGCUUAUUUUAAAAAUAAAGAAAGUGAGCUUAAAGGUAGCAAAAACACAAUGAGCUCAUUUUCAUCUCUUAACACUCGAGCAGUUGAAGCAUCGUACAAAGUAAGUUUAAGAAUUGCUCAAGAAGCUAAACCACAUACGAUUGGUGAAUCCUUAAUCCUACCUGCUGCCAAAGAUAUGGUUUCUUCAAUUUUAGGAGAAAAAGAAGCAAAGCUGCUUGAUGUUGUGUCGUUAUCUAACAACACGGUAACACGAAGAGUAAAAGACAUGGCGUUAGAUGUCAAACGCAUGUUAAUCGAGAAAAUAAAGAAGAGUCCAUAUUUUUCACUGCAAAUUGACGAAACAACAGACAUUACAAAUAUGCCGAAUUUGCUGUGUUAUGUUAGAUAUGAAGACAGUAACAGGGUAAAUGAAGACAUGUUAUUUUGUGAGAUAUUACCGACACAUACAACUGGUGAAGACAUUUUUGUUAAAUUAAAUGGUUUUAUAAAUGAGCAUGAUCUGGAUUGGAACAAGUGCGUGGGACUUUGUACUGACGGAGCCGCCGCAAUGGUAGGUCGCCACUCUGGGGUUGUGGCUAGAGUAAAACAAGUAGCCACCCAAGCAACAUUCACUCACUGUUGUUUGCAUCGAGAGGCUUUGGUAAGCAAAAAUUGCCCUGAGAGCCUAAAGAAGGUUUUAAGCCAAGCUGUUAAAACAGUAAAUUUUAUCAAGGCACGUGCUUUACAUUCUCGUUUGUUUGCAAUACUGUGUGAUGAUAUGGGUAGUUUGCACAGACAGCUAUUGCUACACACCGAGGUCAGAUGGCUAUCGAGAGGAAAGGUUUUGACUCGUCUGUUUGAGCUACGCAAUGAGGUUUUUGUAUUUUUGUCCGACAAAAACUUUGAAUUUAAGGACUGCUUCGCAGAUGAACUGUGGAUGAGUAGGUUGGUGUAUCUGGCAGAAAUAUUUUCAAAGCUCAACGAACUCAACCAAAGUUUGCAAGGAAAUAACAACACCCCUUUUCGAGUUAAUGACAAAGUAUCUGCAAUGAAAAAGAAGCUGAACCAAGGAGCGAAAGAAGCAGAAGAAAAAAAGAUUUCACUGUUUCCUACUCUUGAGAGUUUUGUUGACGAAAAUGACAUCCAACUUAGUCCUGAAUUUCUGGCUGACAUUAAAAACCAUUGUCUCAGCUUAAUUAACAGCUACAACCUUUACUUUCCUGAGGACUUGAAUGAAUAUUCCUGGAUCCAAAACCCGUUUGCAGAGAUAGAAAUGGCACCAGACAACUUGACUGCACCAGAAAAAGAACAGUUGUUUGAACUAAACUGUGAUUCGGAACUUCGGCAACAAUUUUCAAGAAUGAUGCUUGUGGACUUCUGGGUCGAAAGGCGUGUGGAUUACGGACAAGUAGCUGACAAAGCAGUUAAAUUUUUGCUUCCAUUUUCAACUUCAUACCUGUGUGAGACAGCCUUUUCAUCUCUUGUGUACCUUAAGAACAAAUAUCGAAACAGACUUCUAAAUGUGGAAAAUGAUCUCCGUUUAAGGCUAAGCAAUCUUCGACCAGACAUUCCAAAGCUAGCUUCCAAAAUUCAAGCUCAACCUUCUCAUUGA